AUGGGGUCCGGGGAGACAAUUUUCUCCGACAUCGAGAACUUUGAGGGGGAUUCUAACGACUCGGGGAAAAACGCGAUUGCACCAAGUAAUAUCGACGCCAUAGUUCAAGAGAACAAGUCAUCGCUGUUGAGCAGGAAUUCGUUGAAGCUUUACUUUUGUCUCCUUGUGAGUUACUUGGUAUCGACCAUGAACGGAUACGAUGGCUCUCUCAUGGGCGCUGUGAAUGACAUGGAACAGUAUCAGAGGUCGUUUGGUCUGAACGGUAAGGGCUCCAGUACUGGGAUAGUUUUCAUCAUCUACAACUUGGGACAAAUCGCCGCCUUCCCAGCGAUUGGGUGGCUCGCAGACGGAUAUGGAAGGCGCUGGGGUAUGUUCGUUGGUUGUGCAAUUGUGGUUGUUGGAACGGCGGUGCAGUCCACUGCCAAUGGCUUAGGACAAUUCCAAGGGGGGAGGUUCAUUCUUGGAUUCGGCGCGGCGAUCGCUUGUGCUUCUGCCCCAGCGUACGCUGUUGAAUUAUCUCACCCAAAAUACCGGGGCACCCAGGCUGGCCUCUACAAUGUCUGCUGGUACGUGGGUUCUAUUAUUGCGGGAUGGUGCUGUGUCGGUAGCAAUCGCCACAUGAAUAACUCGUGGGCAUGGAGGACUCCGACUGUCGUUCAGGGAGCCAUUCCUGCCAUAGUUGCUAUUCUUAUCUUCUUCAUACCAGAAUCCCCCCGUUGGCUAAUCGCUCAGGGCCGGGACGAGGAGGCCAUCGAGAUUCUAGCUAAAUACCACGGCGAAGGCGAUCGCCACUCCUCGGUCGUGCAGGCUGAGUUCCGAGAGAUGAGUGAGCAAAUUGGAACCGAAUGCUCAGAUAAAAUAUGGUGGGACUACCGCGAUCUAGUAAACACCCGAGCAGCCAGAUACAGACUUGGUCUCGUCGCCACCGUUGCCUUCUUUGGUCAAUGGUCCGGAAACAAUGUCGUAUCAUACUACAUGCCGACAAUGUUCCAGCAGACGGGUAUCGACUCUUCGGACACCCGUCUCGUCCUCAACGGAAUCUAUCCGGUAUUCUGCAUGUUUGCAGCCAUCUGGGGCGCAACCCUUCUUGACAAACUUGGUCGUAGGCCGAUGCUCAUUGUGGCCACCGCCUUCACCGUAGUCUGCUUCUCCAUCAUCACCGCGGGGACCGCUGUCUCGUCAACUUCAAAGGGUGCUUCGUACGCUGUUAUCGCGUUCAUCUAUAUAUUUGGUAUGGUAUACUCGUGGGCGUAUACUCCUCUGCAAACGCUCUACAGCACCGAGGUUCUCGAGACAAGGACUCGCGCUAAGGGUUCUGGGCUCAACUUUUUGUUCGUGAACAUUGCCAUGUGCGUGAAUAUCUUCGCUGCGCCGGUCGCCAUGGAGGCUAUCGGGUGGAGGUACUACAUUGUCUUCAUCGGAUGGAAUUGCUUCGAGGUCUUUGUCAUCUGGAUGUGGUUCGUCGAGACGGCAGGGCAUACCCUCGAGCAAAUCUCCGAGAUCUUUGAGAGUAGAAAUCCAGUCAAGAUGAGCUUGGAGACAAGGAAGAGGAACAGGGUUCGGAACAGCAUUAAUAAUAUAUGA